GUCCCGCCCUAACGCGGCCCCUCUGUGUUUUCAGCGAUGAUCGUGCGGUUCUUGACGAAGCGGUUCAUUGGGGACUACGAGCCCAACACAGGUAACCUCUACUCCCGGCUGGUCUGUCUGGAGGGGGACCACGUUGCCGUGCAGAUCCAAGACACGCCAGGGAGCGUCCAGGUGCAGGAGGACUGCGUGCAGGUGCUGGACUCCCUGUCCCGCUGCGUGAAGUGGGCAGAGGGCUUCCUCCUGGUCUACUCCAUCACGGACUACAGCAGCUACCAGUCAGUCCGACCUCUCUACCAGCACGUACGCAAGGUCCACCCAGAUGCCAGGACUCCCGUCAUUAUCGUGGGGAACAAAGCGGACCUCCUCCACGCCAGGCAAGUACAGGCGAAAGAGGGACUACAGCUGGCAAACGAACUGGGCAGCCUGUUCUUGGAAAUCUCCACGAGCGAUGACUCCCAAGGCGUCUGCGAUGUUUUCCAGUAUCUUUGCAAGGAGGUCAGCAAACUACAGCACGCCGGCAGCACGGACAGGAGGCGGUCGUCCAUCAUCCCUCGGCCCAAGUCUCCCAACAUGCAAGAUCUAAAGAGACGUUUCAAACAGGCUUUAUCUUCGAAAGUCAAAUAAACCCCCCCGAUGAGAUCCUGUGUGACUCCAUAGACUUUAUUUUUGUAAACUAGUUAAUGAAAAUCUUUAUUUUUGUACUAAUGCCAGCAGUA